AGCUUAUUCCGGAACCACAUAGUAAGGGGUGGUUUGCAUCGACUCAGAUCAGCCCAGCUCUUGCUCGCGUACGGAAUAUUGUUAAUAGAAUGCCAUACGGAAUAUUCCAUACAGUUGUACUUUCAUUCAUAGACCAUAGUUUCAUUAUAACCAGUCAGAGUUUUCAUCUUCACAUCAGUCUUUCUCCUGGAUCAAGAUGCCGAAGUCUGCUAAGAUAGCAUCAUCCACCAGUCAUCGCGUCGAUCCCCUCGGUCCACGAGCUGGCAAUGUUCAAAGACCAGCCAGGAAUAGCUAUAACUCCAGAGCUGACGACGAGUCCGAUUCCUUUGUAUUUCAAGUCAACAUGCCGGAAACGGACAAACCAUCGGUAACGCGCUUGCUCGUCAUCCCGAAGCUGAUUACAUUCGAUAAGUUACAUCUCGUUCUUCAAGCGGCGUUUGGCUGGGGAAAUUGCCACAGAUACACCUUUGAGGCAACGAAAAUUUUGAAAAAGGGAGAGCGGCCGGGUUGGACUGGCUACGGAAAGAGGAUCAUCCAUAUGGUUGAACACUCCGAGUAUGAGGAUUUUGCGCGAUAUGGCAUCAACGGAUAUGAACUUUGGAAAAUGUCAGAGCAUACCCUCGCCGACAUCUAUGAGAGCGAGGAGUAUCGGAAUCGUCUCUCACUCCAGUACACGUAUGAUACUGGUGAUAACUGGAUGCACGAGCUCAUCUUCCUGGGCUCCGCUCCACCCACGUUGAACGCCGCCAUUGAUAUCCCCGAAACAAUCAAAGUGGUGUGUUUGGGUGGACAGGGCCACCCGGUUGCGGAGGAUUGUGGCGGCGCCGGGGGAUGGGAACGUCUGAAAGCCCAGUUCUCGGCGAAAGAUGGAGAUGCGGGUUUGAAAGACUGGUACAAAAAGGAGUGCGCGAAUACGGACGGGAAGGCACUGGAUCCUUACAAGUGGAGUAUCGUGGGCGUGAAUACAGCGUUGGCUCAUAUCGAACUCGGGCUUUGAAUGCGGUGGGUAAAAGGGUAUGAGUAUGAUUUGAGCUGCAUUUGGAACUCAUAUUCAAAAGUAUAAUCGGUCAUCCGCUGUACACUUGUAAGGGUAGACGGUAGGUUGGACUUUCCUCUUCUUGAGGAUGUUUAGCUCCUAG